GCUGCUCGGCCUGCGCGCAGGCGAGGCUUGACCGCGGAGCUGGGGAGGGAGGCGGGCGCAGCCGACCCGGGGUGGAGAAGGGGCCGGAGACGGGCGCGCGCUCCCGGGCUCGUGCCCGCUGCGGCCCCGGGAGCUGGCAGAGAUGGCAGGCGCUGCGGGCACCCUCCACCUGCUGCUCCUGGCGGCCUGGGGCGUGAGUCGGGGUGCCGCUUCCUGGACGGAGGAGAAGAAUCAUCACCAACCCGCCAUUCUGAAUUCCUCUUCUCUUCGGCAAGUUGUAGAAAGCACCCGUAUUCUGGAAAUGUGGCAAAAUGACCUACGACCGUUACUGAUAGAGCGAUAUCCAGGAUCCCCUGGAAGCUAUGCUGCCCGUCAGCACAUCAUGCAGCGAAUUCAGAGACUUCAGGCUGACUGGGUCUUGGAAGUAGACACUUUCUUGAGCAGGACACCCUAUGGGUACCGAUCUUUUUCAAAUAUCAUCAGUACCCUUAACCCCACUGCCAAACGACACUUGGUCCUCGCCUGCCACUAUGACUCCAAAUAUUUUCCUCACUGGAACAACAGGAUGUUUGUGGGAGCCACUGACUCAGCUGUGCCGUGUGCCAUGAUGUUGGAACUUGCUCGUGCUUUAGACCAGCAACUCCUCUCCUUGAAGAAUAUAUCAGAUCGCAGGCCAGAUUUGUCACUCAAGCUAAUUUUCUUUGAUGGGGAAGAGGCAUUGUUUCACUGGUCUCCUCAAGAUUCUCUGUACGGGUCUCGACACUUAGCCUUGAAAAUGGCAUCAACUCCGCACCCACCUGGAGCAAGAGGCACCAAUCAACUUCACGGCAUGGAUUUACUGGUCUUGUUGGAUUUACUUGGAGCUCCAAAUCCAACAUUUCCAAAUUUUUUUCCAAACACUGCCAGAUGGUUUAAUAGACUUCAGGCAAUUGAACAUGAACUCCAUGAAUUGGGUUUUCUCAAGGAUCACUCUUUGGAGAGGAAAUAUUUCCAGGAUUUUGGUUCUGGAGGCAUUAUUCAGGAUGACCAUAUUCCAUUUUUAAGAAAAGGUGUUCCAGUUCUGCAUUUGAUACCAUCUCCUUUCCCUGAAGUCUGGCACACCAUGGAUGAUGAUGAAGAAAAUUUGGAUGAGUCGACUAUUGACAAUCUAAACAAAAUCCUACAAGUGUUUGUAUUGGAAUAUCUUCAUUUGUAAUAUUCUGAUGUGAUUCCUGGUUAUUGCUUCUGUAUCAAAUUCAAAAGUCAGAGUAUCAUUUAAAAUAAUCUGAUUCCAGAUAAAUGUUGUGUGGAAACUUCUAUAAAAUUUCUCUGUGGGUGUCUUUGAAUAUGUGAUCAAUGAAUCAUAGAAUUAUGUUAUGUUUUCAAUUGCUUUUAAUUCUUAUCUAGAGAUAAAAAGGGACAUGUAAAGAAAAUAGAAAAAAACAUCUUUUAAGAAUUCAUUUAGAUAAAGACUACAAAAUGAAGUCAGAUUCAUUUAUUCAAUAUCAUAGAUUUUCAAACAAUACUAAAAAUGUUGAUGGUGUGCAAUAUAUCCCCUUAAUUUUAUGAUUUUUUCAUAUUUAGGAGUCUAUUGUACAAUAUGAAAUGGAGAUGUACUUUAAAGGCUUUCAGCCCUCUUUGAGAAAUCUUUGUAGGGUUAAUUUUAUGGAUAUUAAAAUCAGAAUUAAAUGCCAUGUUGUGAAUUUCUUUUCUAAUACAUACAUAAAUAAAAAAAUAUUUAAUGCCUAA